GCCGCCGCCGCCGCCGCUCCCGCCGCCGCCGCCGCCGCCGAGGUGACUGAGGAGAGAGGCGCCUCCUCGCUCCCGCCGCCCGGACUUCAAUGCCCAGUCCCCGGCUCGCCAGCAAUAGUUUCAGACAGGAAAUGAUUGAAGUUGUGCCCUAUGCAGUGUGCACAAGGAAACGGACAACAGUGACACAUUAUUAAAGGCUUCAGAACCGUUGGCUCCACACCAUUAUGUUGGUGAAGCUGGUUUUUCGUUGGAAUAUACGUUGCACAUUUAUGGCGAUUCUGAGCGUGAGGGCAGACUUCUGCCAGGCUCAGCACAGCGUUUUUGCUGACAAGUGAGCUUGGGGA